CGGGCGGGUAUGUUGAAGGUUGUUCACUCGAAUUAUACAUGUUUUAAACAGAGAAUAGCCUGAUAUAUUGAAGAAAAAUAGAAUAUCGCUCGUUUUUAUCCAUCUAGACGUAUUUCAAGACAUCGUUUAGAACAACAUCGAAAAACAAAGCAAUAAUGUGUGUUUGGUGAAUUCUAACCUCUACAAACUGAACAUAGUGACAGAACGGCAUAUUCUGAAUGAUAUUAACCAGUGGAAGUUUGUGAUGAAGAUCUAAGCGUUUCCGAGCGUCGAUAUUGUUUAUUUUUGAAUAGAUACCCGCUUUCCGAGGGAUUGUUUACAUUGUAUUAGUCCGUGCAGAAGUGCAGAAUAACCCCUAUCUGGCAAAACUGUGGGUGACAUGUUGAAAGUAAACAGAAAGUAGGCGAGUUUAAAGGUCCCAAUGACGUGAGGAAAGAGCAUUGCCCGGUGCCGCCAUGAAGUGGGCCUUCCAAUUUUUGGUGUUCGUGGCCAUGGUGGUGGCCACGGCGAAAACGGCGGCUUCUCCGAAAGAAAUAAUUAGGACAUUUUCAGAUCCGAAAGUACAAGCAUUCAACCAUCUCGUGGUAGACAAAAACACGGGGCGAGUUUACAUUGGAGCUGUGAAUCGUUUGUACCAGCUCACUCCCGACUUGGAUUCAGUCAUUUCCGAAGUAACCGGCCCGAAAAUGGAUUCCGACGAUUGCUCAGUCCUCGAAUGCAACACCGCGAUAAAUAAGAAACUCACAGACAACGUCAACAAGGCUCUCGUGAUCGAUUACACCACCACCAGGCUAAUAUCGUGUGGGAGCCUCUCCCAGGGGAUUUGCUCGAUAAGAAAUCUACACAACAUAUCCGACGGAACUCAAGAAGUAAGGGAGGCCGUCGUGGCAAAUAACGCGACGGCAUCCACUGUGGCGUUUAUUGCUCCAGGGCCUCCGAGUCCCCCGGUAACUCAAGUGAUGUAUGUCGGUGUGACUUUUACUCUAGGAUCUCCGUACAGGUCCGAAGUGCCGGCAGUUAGCAGCAGGUCCUUGGACAAGGACAGGAUGUUCGCGAUAGCUCAAACGGCCGUUACGACGGGCACCAGGAUGUUCGUGAAUUCAUUGGCAAGGGAGCGCUAUCCGAUCACCUACGUUUACGGGUUCGCUUCCGAGAGGUUCAGUUAUUUCUUGACUACGCAAAUGAAGCACACCUCCUCCAGCCAAUACAUCAGCAAGUUGGUGAGGGUUUGUCACGAUGACGAGAACUAUUAUUCGUACACCGAAAUACCAAUUGACUGCAUCAGCGAGGCCCAAGGCGGCCGCAAGUACAAUCUCGUUCAGGCGGCGUACGUUGGUAAAGCCGGCUCGGACUUGGCCUCCGACCUGGGCAUCACGGCACAAGACGACGUUUUGUUUGCGGUGUUCAGUGAAAGUGACCCUGUGAUUGCCAACAAACCCUCCGAUUUGUCGGCACUCUGUGUAUACUCGCUCAAAGCCAUACGACGGAAAUUCAUGCAGAACAUCAACCAAUGCUUCAGUGGAAAGGGCCAACGGGGUCUGGACUUCAUCUCGCCCAGUCAUCAGUGCGUGCUGACGGUGAGUUUCUUUGCUUCCAGGGUCAUUCCAUAAGAAAUGAACCGAUAG